AUGCCACCAAUCAUCCAUUGCGUUCGUCAUGGGCAAGGCUUUCAUAAUGUGGGUGGCGGUUGCUAUACCAUUCCUGACCCACGUUUGACACCAACCGGGAAGAGUCAAUGUGAAUCCCUUCGUAAUGGCGCCUUCUUUGACCAGUCGAAAUUUUCACUUAUCCUGUCUUCACCUAUGUGCCGAACACUUCAAACUGCAUCUCUGGUUUUCCAGACAGCUCUGACGUCGACUCUCAAAUCCCCAAGAAUUAUCGCCUUCCCUGACGCUCAGGAAACGUCAAGUGACCCGUGCGACAUUGGCUCGGACCCAGACAUCCUACGACGCAUCGUGGAAAAGGAGAAAUGGCCUGUGGACCUUUGUUUGGUGAAAGAUGGCUGGAACCAAAAGAAGGCUGGAAGCCGCUAUAGUCAGAGCAACGAUGCAAUCAGAGCUCGAGCCCGUGAUGCUCGACUGUUUUUGCGCGGGCUUUUACGGGAGCUGGUUUCAAAUGGGGAUGACGAUGCGGAAAUUGUUCUCGUCACACACGGUGGAUUUCUGCAUUAUCUUACGGACGACUGGGAGGACUCAUAUCGCCACCCAGGUACUGGAUGGUACAACUGCGAGACACGUGCUUAUGUCUUCGAAAGCGAUUUUAGGUCCAAUCACGAUGAAGAGGCCUGGUUGAUGGAAACAAGAGAAAGUCGGUGGAGGCGUGGCAAAGAUCAUCCUAUGUAUGGAAAGAAGGACCAGGUCAAGCUUUUCACUGCAGCGAUGGAGCGUUGGCAGGGCCAAGGGCUGCAACGACCGGACGAAGUAGAUCUGGAUUUGGAGGUUGGAUAA